UGUAGGCCUCGCUGCCUGGCUAAGUUGUGCUUCGCUCGGCCGGUGUGAGACAGGAUCCGGAGAGAGCGAGAAGGCGGGAUUCGGCCGGGAGUUAUUGGCUGUUACCGGGGAGCUGUGUGGGAGUCUGUCAGCGGGCCGGGACUCGGAGAGAGAGAGGGGGGAAUAAUGAGCGCUGGGAUCGCGCUGCUGUGUCGGUAGUGCUGCCCGUAGGCCCUCCAUAGCCAGCCGCAGACAUGCUCAUAGAGAAUGUGGACGCUUUCAAGACGUGGCUGGCAAAGUUACUGGACCCCAUAUGUGAUGCAGACCCCUCGGCACUAGCAAAUUACGUUAUAGCUCUGGUAAAGAAGGACAAAUCUGAAAAAGAGCUAAAGGCUAUAUGUGCUGACCAGCUGGAUGUGUUUCUACAGAAAGAAACUAAUGGUUUUGUGGAUAAGCUGUUUGAAUGCUUGCACACUAAGGACUACCUUCCUCAGGAGGAAAUAUUAAAACCUGAAGUGAAACCGGAACGAGAAGAGGUAAAGGACGAGGUGGCCGAGAAACGCCACAUGGCUGUAUCAGCUUCUCUUCCGGAAACCUUUGAAGAAGAACGUGAUCUUAGGAAAAAGAAGCACUUAAGUCCCCAAAGAAAUCGCUCUGAUUCAAACGAGCGAAGGUCGCGAGAUAGGAAGAGGGAGGAUGGCAAAUGGAGGGAUUAUGAUAGACAUAGAGACAAGUAUGACUGGCGAAGGGGAAGAAGCAAAAGUCCACCGAAAAGCAAGUCUACAAAUCGAAGUCGAAGCCGUAGCAGGGGUAGAAGCCGAGAUCGGGAAAUGGCACGAAGUCGAAGUGGUGCCAAAGGAAUUGUUACACAGCAGGCCACCUCUCUCACACAGCACAGAGAGAGACCCAAGUUUGAAUGUGAACGGAGUGAUCUGGAGUCUGUUUAUACACCAUGCUCCUCCCAGUCAGUCACCUGCUCAACUGAGCCACAGUAUUCCUCUGGUGGGCAAGCUAUCCCCAGCACUGUAACAGUCAUCGCACCUGCUCACCACCCAGAAAACACAACAGAGAUCUGGUCCAAUUACUAUAACAACCAUAACCUUCCCAACUCGUUUAGCAGAAACCCACCCACUAAACGACGCUGUCGAGAUUAUGAUGAGCGAGGGUUUUGCAUCCUUGGUGAUCUCUGCCAGUAUGAUCAUGGAAAUGACCCUCUGGUAGUUGAUGAUGUGUCCUUACCCAGUAUGAUUCCUUUCCCCCCUCCCCCUGGACUUCCUCCUCCUGGUAUCUUGAUGCCCCCCAUCCCUGGCCAUCACAAUAUGAGAGUGCCUGUUCCCGGAGUAGUCAAUCAGCCUCCUCCAUCUGCUGUUCCCCCUACCACAAGGUUACCAUUAGCACAUACAAACUUGCUGAAUAACCGUGAACAGCAAGGAGCAAACACUGUACCAAGCCUUGCACCAAUCGGAGGGUUGCCUCCUCCCUUACCCCCUCAGAACUUACUGUACUCUGUAUCAGAACAUACAUAUGAGCCCGAUGGCUAUAAUCCUGAAGCCCCUAGUCUUACAAACACAGGUAGAACGGCUUACCGACAGUUCUUUACGCGGACACAAACACAGAGGCCUAACUUGAUUGGAUUAACAUCUGGUGACAUGGAUACAACGCCAAGAGCUGCUAAUAUUAUCAUUCAAACAGAACCUCCUCUACCUGUUCCUGUGAAUAGCAACGUCAACAGAGUUGUCGUAGAACCUGACCGCAAACGGCCUCUAGGAACUAUUGAUGGUCCGUUUGCAAAGAAAGCUUGGAUAGACAAACAAGGAAACAACAACCAUAACAAACUAGGAUUUAUGAAAAAGAUUCUAUAUACGAAUACCAAACUUGAAGUCCGUAAAAUCCCUCAGGACCUAAACAACAUUACCAAGUUAAAUGAGCACUUUAGCAAAUUUGGUACCAUUGUUAAUAUACAGGUUGCUUUCCAAGGAGACCCUGAAGGUGCUCUCAUCCAGUACUUAACCAAUGAAGAAGCGAGGAGAGCAAUAUCUAGCACUGAAGCGGUGUUAAAUAACCGGUUUAUUAGGGUGCUCUGGCAUAGGGAAAAUAAUGAUCAGCAACCUUCUCAGCAGCAACAGCACAUGACUCAUCAUACAGCACAAACCGUCCCAUCAUCUCUGACAGCUGCUGGACACAUGCCAAAGGUGAUGUCCAAACCUCCCAACCAGGGUUCCUAUUCCCUGAACAAAUUACCUAUUAAAAAUCGUCUUGGAUCAACAGCAAACAACCAGCCUGACACAACAUAUCUGGCAACAAACCAAACCAGCUCAGGGGAGGAAUCUCAGACAUUGGCACCUUCCACUGGUCAUUCAAAAAUGGUUUACAGCUCUCCAAAUUUAAAGUCUGCCACAAAACCCUCAACUGGUUCAAAACCAGUGGAUGCUCAAGAAGCUCUUAAAAAGAAGCAGGAAGCUCUAAAGCUGCAGCAGGACAUGAGGAAAAAAAAGCAAGAGAUGUUAGAGAAACGUAUUGAAUAUCAAAAGAUGUUGAUAUCGAGACUGGAAAAAAAUAAAACCAUGAAAGCAGAGGAGAGGAACGAGAUUAUGAAAACAUUGAAAGAACUGGAUGAGAAGAUUUCUCAGGCUAAAGAUGAACUGAAGACGCUGUCUGCUCCAUCGAAAGUAAAAUCAAAAACUGAGGCACAGAAGGAGCUUUUAGAUGCAGAGAUGGACUUCCACAAGAGACUGACCUCUGGAGAAGAUACAACAGAAUUGAGGAAAAAGCUCAGUCAAUUACAAGUUGAAGCUGCCCGGUUAGGGAUCCUUCCUGCUGGCCGAGGAGGGAAGACACUAACAACUCAAAGCAGGGGUAGAGGAAGAGGACGUGGUGCACGGGGGAGAGGACAAUUAAAUAAUAUGGUGGUUGAUCAUCGGCCAAAAACAAUAUCCGUGAUUGGCUUUUAUGAAAAAGAGAAAGAGGAGCUGCUCCAACAUUUUGCUAAAUUUGGUGAAGUUGAAGACUUGAAUGAAGAAGAAUUCCCACCAAGUGUAAUUUUAACAUUUAAGACUAGGCAGGAAGCUGAAAAUGCUGCUAACCAAGGGUCAAAAUUUAAGGGCAGAAAGCUUCAGGUAUCCUGGCAUAAACCUAAGACACCCUCGGUAACCACAGAGAUUGAAGAGGUAGAAUCAAAGGAAGAGGAGAAUGAUACAUCUGACCCAUUCCUUCAUGAAGAUGAUGAUGAGGACGAGGAUGAAGACGGGUCUCGCUAUUGGAGAAGAUGAGACAACAUAAAUGUGCACAUACAAAUUCAGUUUUUCUUUUAAAGAUUGUCAACAAGAUCAUUUUACCAUUCUAAAUGAAAACAAAAAAAACAGAAUAAUCCCAAAACAGCCAAAAAUGUAUUAUUUUUUUUUCUCCUCUUUUGCACAAUUAAUGGCACAAUUGUGUAAACUAUGUAGAAUGUGACAUUUUCUGUGAAAGCCAAAGGCAAGAUUUUUUUCUUUUUUUUUUCUUUUCUUAAAUCUAUGACAAGGUAUGAGCUACAAUGUCUUUAAAAUGGGCAUUUUUGGUUUAUAUUAUUUUAUAAGCUUUAAAGUUGAAGCAGAAAACAUGUAACUGAAGAGUGUUUAAAACGCAACAGUUAGGCGCUGUUUUGCAGUUUACGUCUUGUUUCAUUUUUCAGUUUAUCAAAAAUAAUUACUGAACUUCCAAGUUAAUGCAGGUUUU